AUGGCUUCGCCAACGCCCCAGGAGGUCGGGUUGGGAAUCCGGCGCCAGAGGUCCGAGAGCGUUGCGACCCCCACCCGGACAGCAUCGUCGGAGUCGACCAAAAAGCGUCCAGAGAACAGAGAACGGUCACAGUCAGUGACACACGAUGAAAUUCAACAGCCACCGGGUACCGGAUUCGAUCUCAGUGACCGGGUUUUCCCAAUUCGGUCGGUAGUAUCAGUGGACCCAACUGUUGCGACUCAGAGGUCUACCUCACGGGGGGCAGUAUCACCAACGAGAGAUGGAGCUCGACAUUAUACAUUCAUCGACGAGCGGACAUGGCAUCAACUCAAGUCCGAAUCCGACGCUCAAUCUCUACCUCACCCCGAUCCCGAGCACGCACAACCCACGAUUCCAACGGAUAUCCCACGCCACGAGACACAUGCUACCAAUGAGACUACGGAACUCGGGGCACAUUCCAUGGCAUCGGAAGUAAUCCAACAUCCCGAAAUAUACGCCAAGCCCACCCAGAGCGAUAGCCAGUCCGGCUCAGGGUCCACCGCUCACCCCAGAUCGCAGGGUGGUCCUCGGACAGACGAUGACCAUCUCAUGACAUCUCGUUUUAAACAUGUCGUGACGGAAAGUGGACAUGCAAUCAUCACGGGAAGAGAGGGCGAAGACCUUCAAUAUUGUGAAGACGAGCCUAUCAGGAUCCCUGGUGCAAUUCAGAGCUUUGGAGUCAUGAUCGCACUGCGCGAGCAGUCUCCGGACCAGCUCGUCGUGCGUGUUGUGAGUGAAAACUCGGCAGAUUACUUGGGUUAUACCACAAAACAGCUAUUCGAAGCCCACAGCUUUUGUGACAUAUUGAAGGAUGACCAGGCAGAUAUCUUAUUGGACCACAUCGACUUUGUGCGUGACGAUGCCUAUGAUCCCUCUGUUGAUGGCCCCGAGAUCUUUGCUGUAUCAAUCCCAACACCCACCGGGGAGAACCGUCGAUUCUGGUGUGCAGCCCAUGUCUGUCAAAGCCAAAAGGACCUGAUAAUAUGUGAAUUUGAGCUUGAAUACGACGAGCGUAAUCCAUUGGAUAUCCCAGGCUCUGCCACCCCGGGAAGCCCAACGGAUCCGUUGAAUAACAGUACAUUGGGUGUUGUCCCAACGCCAGACCAACUUGCAUCUUCAACAAUAGCAAUAUCCCAACCGUUGCGGGUUCUUCGUCGACGGAGAGCAGAGACUGAUUAUCUGUCUGUCCUCUCGCAACUUGAGACCCAACUCUCACGGUGCCAAGACCUGGAGCAAUUAUUGAACACUACCGCAGGGCUCGUGAAAGAACUCAGUGGGUUCCAUCGUGUACUCAUAUACCAGUUUGAUAGCAGCUGGAAUGGCAUGGUCGUCGCUGAACUGGUUGAUCCCAAUGUCACCAUCGACCUUUACAAAGGUCUCCAUUUCCCUGCUUCUGACAUACCCGCCCAAGCAAGAGAGCUUUAUAAAAUUAACAAAGUCCGCCUGCUCUAUGACCGCGACCAGGUCACAUCACGUCUGGUCUGCCGAACAGUGGAGGACCUUGAAACACCUCUUGACAUGACGCAUGCUUACUUGAGAGCAAUGUCGCCCAUCCACAUACAAUACCUUAAGCACAUGAAGGUUGUGUCUUCAUACUCGGUUUCCGUAAACGCCUUUGGUGAUCUAUGGGGAUUGAUCUCCUGUCAUAACUAUGGGGCUCCCCGGCGGGUAUCUUUCCCAGUCCGCAAGAUUUGCCGCCUUCUUGGUGACAUCGUUUCCCGUAACAUUGAGAGACUCUCGUAUACCUCUAGGCUACAGGCGAGAAAGCUUAUCAACACAGUUCCUACAGAGGCCAAUCCAUCUGGGUAUGUAGUAGGCCAAAUGUCCCGACAAUCAUCUGCUAACAAAAGCAAUAGUUACAUUAUCGCUUCAAGCGACGACCUGCUGCAACUAUUUUCGGCGGACUACGGCGUUCUUUCAAUUCGCGAUGAGACAAAGAUCUUAGGCGAUGGUUCCAAUACCCAAGAGGUCCUUGCUCUAUUGGAGUUCCUUCGUCUCCGACAGUUGAGCUCGGUUCUGGCAUCUCACGACAUCGUCAAGGAUUUCCCUGACCUGCACUUCCCCCCAGGGCUUAAGGCCAUCUCAGGACUGCUUUAUGUUCCUCUUUCUGCAGGUGGCAGUGACUUCAUAGUUUUCUUCCGCCGCGGACAACUGACUGAAAUCAAAUGGGCGGGUAAUCCUUAUGAGAUCGAGAAACGAAAGCAAACCGCGGGAUAUCUCGAGCCGCGCGAGAGUUUCGCAGCUUGGCGAGAGACUGUGCUCUCGCAGAGUCGUGAAUGGACCGAAACCGAUGUCGAAACGGCGGCAGUGCUAUGCCUUGUAUAUGGAAAGUUCAUCAAAGUGUGGCGGCAAAAGGAGGCCGCGAUGCAAAAUUCACAACUGACCCGCCUUCUUCUGGCCAACUCUGCCCACGAGGUUCGAACACCUUUGAAUGCGAUCAUCAACUACCUUGAGAUUGCUUUGGAAGGUGCCCUGGAUGAGGAAACUCGGGAUAGUUUGACCAGAUCUCAUUCGGCCUCCAAGUCGUUGAUCUAUGUCAUUAAUGAUCUUCUUGACCUAACGAACACUGAAAAGGGCCAGGAGCUCAUCAAAGAUGAAAGCUUUGAUCUUGAGGAAACCUUCAAAGAAGCUGCUCACAUGCUCUCGGGCGAGUCCAAGCGAAAGAACAUCUCGUUUACCAUUUCAGUGCACCCGGGUCUCCCGCCAUUAGUGCUUGGCGAUCAACGCCGAGUACGCCAAGUCCUGUCCAAUGUGAUUUCCAACGCCAUCCAGAACACCGAAUCCGGUGCGGUCACUACGGAGAUUUGGCGCUCCGCCAAACAACCCCUUCCGGGUCAUGUGGGAGUCGAAGUCAUGGUGGUUGACACCGGCGUAGGCAUGUCCCACGACAAAUUAGAGGCACUCUUUCACGAACUGGAGCAGGUUUCAACAGAUGAAACCUACUACCCCGGCGACGAAGACAAGGAUGCAGUCUCUGAUUCCUCUAAAGCGCCACAAAAGCGCGUCCUAGGACUUGGCCUUGCUCUUGCGGCCAGGAUUGUUCGAAACAUGCACGGACAGCUAGGCGUUAGGAGCGAUGAAGGGAAGGGCAGCCGCUUCAAAAUAUAUUUGCAGUUCCGGCUGCCAGACGGCGAAGUAUCGCAAGAUGAAGCCACCAUCGCUGCUGCGAAUUCUGCUAUCCCUCCGACACCGCUCAUUUCCGACAAAGAGUUUACCUUGGUUGGUGGGUCAAUUGAACCCGUUGACAAUAGGCGACGAAGCAACGAAAGUCUACGCAGCGGUGAUAGCUCUCGCAGUGGUCACAGCGGAAAAAGCCAGGCAGACAGAUUGAUCAGUGCCAUACAAGAACCUGCAAUGUCCAAACGGAGCACCAGUCAGGGUUCUUAUUCGAAACAACACCGCAGACUUUCCUCUAGCCCCGUCAGUGCCAACAGUCAUCCCAUGUCUAGAAUCUCGGCACCGACUUCUAGUCUGAAACGCUCGUCAACAACGCAUUCAGUUCAUGAUCUUCGAGGAAAUCUAUCAACGGUUACCCACACACCACCAAUGACUUUACACCCGCUCGUCACGCCACCUCCCCCAGGAGUGGAGAACAUUACAGACUCGGGUGUACCGAUGAACGCUCUGCGAAUAUCUAAACUAUCUGCCAGUACCAAGUCGCCAUCUUUGCAAACCAUCCAGGAUCGAUCAUAUUUCCCGCGGUUCGAACCAGGCACAGGAUUCGUAAAUACUCCUUCUACAGCGCCACCGUUAUCGACAGCUCCACCACCAUCUACAGCACCCCCGCCAUCCACAUCGCCUACCACCGUCCCCUCAACGACCGACUAUGACCUUAUGCAUGUCCUUGUAGCAGAAGAUGAUCCGGUCAAUAGCAAGAUCAUCGAAAAACGACUCACCAAGCUCGGGCACACUGUAACACUCACCAGCAAUGGCGAGGAAUGUGCUGGGGCCUUUGCUUCAGCGGCCGAACAGUUCGAUGUCAUCCUAAUGGAUCUACAAAUGCCGAUUGUCGACGGAAUGCAGGCCACUCGAAUGAUCCGUGAUCUCGAGUCCAAAACCCCCCAGACUUCACAUCCUGGUGGAGUUUCUUCUCAGAGCCGGGUGCCUAUCUUUGCUGUUUCGGCCUCUUUGCUUGAAGAGCACAGAGAGCUCUACAUCGAGACUGGCUUUGAUGGUUACGUCAUGAAGCCAAUCCCCUUCGCCAGGUUGAAUUUCUUCUUCAAGGGCUUGAAGGACCCUGUGGCCCGAGCAGAAGCGACUUAUACACCGGAUCGUGAAUGGGAGCAUGGCGGGUGGUUCCAUUAA